AUGGUUUCAUUCAAUUUUAAAAAUCUUUUAAUUCUUGCCUACAUCUUUGAUGUAACAUCUUACCUCCAAGCAAAACCUUCUGGUGAUUCCAAAGACGUUGGUUCUACUAUUCAUAAUAAAAAAGGUGGAUCUAUUGCACCACAUAGCCAAAAAGCAGAGAAAAAAAAGCCACAUACAAAGGAAACAAAAAAACCAAAAAAAUCAAAGAAAACAACAAAAAAAGCAGCAAAGAAAACUCCUAAAGGAAAAGCUACCAAGAGUACAGCUGCUCCAGCAGGAGAAACUACUACUGCUUCAACAGAAACUACAUCUCCAGCAAAAUAG